UCUCUUGAUUUUGGAAGAAAUAUCUGGUAACCAACAUGACUGAGGUCUGGCUUAUAUCAGCUCCUGGGGAGAAAACCUGUCAGCAAACAUGGGAGAAAUGGCAUGCGGCAACUACGAAGAACAACAAUCUUGCAGUUACUUCAAAGUUCAACAUUCCUGACUUAAAGGUUGGCACACUGGACGUCUUGGUUGGUUUGUCAGAUGAACUGGCUAAACUGGAUGCAUUUGUAGAAGGGGUGGUUAAGAAAGUGGCUCAGUAUAUGGCUGACGUAUUGGAGGAUAGUAAAGAUAAAGUUCAGGAGAAUCUGUUGGCCAAUGGAGUCGACUUGGUUACUUAUAUAACAAGGUUUCAAUGGGACAUGGCUAAAUAUCCAAUCAAGCAGUCCCUGAAAAAUAUUUCUGAAAUAGUUACCAAGGGAGUGACUCAGAUUGACAAUGACCUGAAAUCUCGAGCAUCCGCAUAUAACAACCUGAAAGGGAAUCUUCAGAAUUUGGAAUGAAAGAAUGCAGGAAGUUUGCUAACUAGAAGUCUAGCAGAAAUUGUGAAGAAGGAUGACUUUGUUCUUGACUCAGAGUAUCUCGUCACAUUACUGGUCGUGGUUCCCAAGUUAAACCACAAUGACUGGAUUAAGCAGUAUGAAACAUUAGCUGAAAUGGUAGUUCCAAGGUCUAGCAAUGUUCUCUCAGAGGACCAAGACAGUUACCUGUGUAAUGUCACCUUGUUUAGGAAGGCAGUUGAUGACUUCAGGCACAAAGCCAGGGAAAACAAAUUCAUCAUUCGUGACUUCCAGUAUAAUGAAGAGGAGAUGAAAGCAGACAAAGAAGAAAUGAACAGGCUUUCUACCGACAAGAAAAAGCAAUUUGGACCACUUGUACGGUGGCUGAAAGUGAAUUUCAGUGAGGCGUUUAUUGCGUGGAUUCAUGUAAAAGUGUUGAGGGUUUUUGUUGAGUCUGUUUUGAGGUAUGGCUUGCCAGUGAACUUCCAAGCAAUGCUCCUUCAGCCCAAUAAGAAAACAAUGAAGAAACUAAGAGAAGUAUUAUAUGAAUUGUAUAAACAUCUAGAUAGCAGUGCAGCAGCUAUUAUUGAUGCUCCUAUGGAUAUUCCAGGCUUAAACCUGAGUCAACAGGAACAUUACCCCUAUGUGUACUACAAGAUCGAUUGCAACUUGCUGGAAUUCAAGUAAAAUGAGCCCCCCAGAUAGCCCUGCCCUCAUGUCGGUGUCGGUGUUUGCUAACAGACAUAGGUUGUAGUAUGGCUGUACUUUUAACUCUCUCUUACCCCUUGCUUGCUUCUCACCCCCUUUCCUAUUCACGUUCUCUUGUAGUGGUCCAUUUGUCAACAUUUUGUUUUUAAAAGGAAACUAUAU